GGGAUAUACAAUAGAGGCAUAUCCAUUUGGUUAAUUGAUUAAGAAGAAUGAAUCCUUCAGCAAAAACUCUUCUUAUAGUCCUUGCAAUUUUUUGCCCCUUUUACAUUCUAUUUUACAUCUCGAAACAUGGCAAAGGAAAAGGCAAAACCUUUCCUGGUCCUCGACCCUUGCCAAUCAUUGGGAACCUCCACAUGUUAGGCAUGCUUCCACACCAAUCCCUUUAUCACUUGGCCAAAAAACAUGGUCCUAUAAUGCCCAUAAUGCUAGGCUCUGUGCGAACUAUUGUCGUUUCAUCCCCUCAAGCCGCUGAGAUGUUUCUUAAGACACAUGACGAUGUUUUCGCAAGCAGACCAAAACUUCAAGUGCGAAAAUCAAUUUACAAUGGCAAAAAGGGAAUAGCAUUCACAGAAUAUGGACAAUAUUGGCGCAGUGUGAGGAAGCCUUGCAGUCAACAACUUUUUACUGUAUCAAAAAUUGAAUCGUUUGCUCCAUCGAGGAAGGACGUGCUAACGCAUUUCAUUGAAUCUUUGAAGAAAGCAGCAACAAGAAAGGAAGUGGUUAACAUUAGUAAGAUGGUGGGGAAUCUUAUUGAAAAGAUUACUCUAAAAAUGAUUUUGGGGCCUGUGGAGAGGUAUGAGGAAUUUAACCUUCAGGAGCUUAUUGAAGAGCUUACUAACUUGGUAGGAGUUUUCAAUCUUGCAGAUUUUGUGCCUUUUUUUGGUGCUUUUGACCUACAGGGACUCAAAGCUCGAACAAGGACGCUUGGUGAAAAACUUGACAAAGCCCUCGAGAUGAUCAUUAACGACCAUCAACAGCAAAAGCAGGAUGAUUUCAUCGGUACGAUGCUUACGGAGUUAAAUAAGCAAAUGAAUCCCAAUGGUGAUAUAAUGGAUCGAAAUAGCAUCAAAGCCAUAACAAUAGAUAUGUUUGUGGCUUCCUUGGACACCUCAUCUACCACAUUGGAAUGGGCAUUAUCAGCGCUCAUAAGGCAUCCGAGGGUAAUGUUAAAACUCCAAUCAGAGUUAGAAAGUAUUAUCGGGAAGAGAAUGGUGGAAGAAAAUGAUUUACCCAAAUUGGAGUACCUAGACAUGGUUGUGAGAGAAACUUUAAGGCUUUAUCCCGUUGCACCUAUGCUAAUUCCUCGCGAGUCAAUGAAGGACAUAAUUAUUGAUGGUUGUUACAUAUCGAAAAAGUCGAGGGUCAUUGUGAAUGUUUUUGCAAUUGGGAGAGAUCCUAAUGUCUGGUCCAAUAAUGUUGAAGAGUUCUUUCCAGAAAGGUUCAUUAAUAGCAAUAUAGAACGUCAUGGACAUGAUUUUGAACUCAUCCCAUUUGGUUUAGGCCGUAGAGUAUGCCCCGGGAAGAAGUUAGGGUUAAUCAUAGUUAAACUUAUUUUAGCUCAAUUGGUGCAUUGUUUUGAUUGGGAGUUGCCUGGUGGAAUGUCACCAAAUGAUUUGGACAUGACUGAGAAAUUUAGUGCCUCAUUGCCAAGGAAGACUAAUCUCUGUGCCAAGCCCAUUUAUCGCAUGUAGAAAUGCAAACUUCAAGAUAAUGUUUGUAUUGUGAUAUAACAAGAUGUAUCUGUAUAAUAAAGUUGAAGUGUUUUUAAAA